AUGAAGGGAGCUCCCCAAAAGCCUCAGCAGAUGUCCCAGCAGCCUAGCUUUUCGCCUGAGCUGCAGCCACAGGUUCCAUCCCAGUUCCAAGUACCUAGCUUCCCACCAAAGCAGCAGGUUGCACAGGUGCCCCAGCAGCAACCCAACUUUCCACCCAAGCAACAGCAGCCCAGUUUUCCGCCCCAGCAGCAGCUUGCACAGAUGCCCCAGCAGCCCAGCUUUCCAUCCAAGCAAGAGCAGCAGAUGCCCCAGCAGCCCAGUUUUCCACCCCAGCAGGAACUUGCACAGAUGCACCAGCAGCCCAGCUUUCCAUCCAAGCAACAACUUGCACAGAUGUACCAGCAGCCCAGCUUUCCACCCCAGCAGCAACUUGCACAGAUGCACCAGCAGCCCAGCUUUCCACCCCAGCAGCAACUAGCACAGAUGCCUCAGCAGCCCAACUAUCCACCCAAGCAGCAGCAGCAGCAGCAGCAGCAGCUUGCACAGAUGCCCCAGCAGCCCAGCUUUCCACCCCAGCAGCAACUUGCACAGAUGCCCCAGCAGCCCAGCUUUCCACCCCAGCAGCAACUUGCACAGAUGCACCAGCAGCCCAGCUUUCCACCCCAGCAGCAACUUGCACAGAUGCCUCAGCAGCCCAACUAUCCACCCAAGCAGCAGAUGCCCCAGCAGCCCAGCUUUCCACCCCAGCAGCAACUUGCACAGAUGCCCCAGCAGGCCAGCUUUCCACCCCAGCAGCAACUUGCACAGAUGCCUCAGCAGCCCAACUAUCCACCCAAGCAGCAGAUGCCCCAGCAGCCCAGCUUUCCACCCCAGCAGCAACUUGCACAGAUGCCCCAGCAGCCCAGCUUUCCACCCCAGCAGCAACUUGCACUGAUGCCUCAGCAGCCCAACUAUCCACCCAAGCAGCAGAUGCCCCAGCAGCCCAGCUUUCCAUCCAAGCAAGAGCAGCAGAUGCCCCAGCAGCCCAGCUUUCCACCCCAGCAGCAACUUGCACAGAUGCCCCAGCAGCCCAGCUUUCCAUCCAAGCAAGAGCAGCAGAUGCCCCAGCAGCCCAGCUUUCCACCCCAGCAGCAACUUGCACAGAUGCACCAGCAGCCCAGCUUUCCAUCCAAGCAACAGCAGCAGAUGCCUCAGCAGCCCAGCUUUCCAUCCAAGCAACAACUUGCACAGAUGCCCCAGCAGCCCAGCUUUCCACCCCAGCAGCAACUAGCACAGAUGCCUCAGCAGCCCAACUAUCCACCCAAGCAGCAGCAGCUUGCACAGAUGCCCCAGCAGCCCAGCUUUCCACCCCAGCAGCAACUUACACAGAUGCCUCAGCAGCCCAGCUUUCCAUCCAAGCAGCAGAUGUCCCAGCAGCCCAGCUUUCCAUCCAAGCAAGAGCAGCAGAUGCCCCAGCAGCCCAGUUUUCCAUCCCAGCAGCAGCUUGCACAGAUGCCCCAGCAGCCCAGCUUUCCAUCCAAGCAAGAGCAGCAGAUGCCCCAGCAGCCCAGUUUUCCACCCAAGCAGCAGCUUGCACAGAUGCCCCAGCAGCCCAGCUUUCCAUCCAAGCAAGAGCAGCAGAUGCCCCAGCAGCCCAGUUUUCCACCCCAGCAGCAGCUUGCACAGAUGCCCCAGCAGCCCAGCUUUGCACCCCAGCAGCAACUUGCACAGAUGCCUCAGCAGCCCAACUAUCCACCCAAGCAGCAGCAACAGCAGCAACUUGCACAGAUGCACCAGCAGCCCAGCUUUCCAUCCAAGCAACAGCAGCAGAUGCCUCAGCAACCCGGCUUUCCAUCCAAGCAGCAGAUGCCUCAGCAGCCCAGCUUUCCAUCCAAGCAACAGCAGCAGAUGCCUCAGCAGCCCAGCUUUCCAUCCAAGCAAGAGCAGCAGAUGCCCCAGCAGCCCAGUUUUCCACCCAAGCAGCAGCUUGCACAGAUGCCCCAGCAGCCCAGCUUUCCACCCCAGCAGCAGCUUGCACAGAUGCCCCAGCAGCCCAGCUUUCCACCCCAGCAGCAACUUGCACAGAUGCCCCAGCAGCCCAGCUUUCCAUCCAAGCAAGAGCAGCAGAUGCCCCAGCAGCCCAGCUUUCCAUCCAAGCAACAACUUGCACAGAUGCCCCAGCAGCCCAGCUUUCCAUCCAAGCAACAACUUACACAGAUGCCCCAGCAGCCCAGCUUUCCACCCCAGCAGCAACUUGCACAGAUGCCCCAGCAGCCCAGUUUUCCACCCAAGCAGCAACAGCAGCAGCUUGCACAGAUGCCCCAUCAGCCCGGCUUUCCAUCCAAGCAGCAGAUGCCUCAGCAGCCCAGCUUUCCAUCCAAGCAACAGCAGCAGAUGCCUCAGCAGCCCAGCUUUCCAUCCAAGCUUGCGCAGAUGCCUCAGCAGCCCAACUAUCAACCCAAGCAACAGCAGCAGAUGCCUCAGCAGCCCAGCUUUCCACCCAGGCAGCAGCUUGCACAGAUGCCCCAACAACAGCAGAUGCCUCAGCAGCCCAGCUUUCCACCCAGGAAACAGCAGCAUCUCCCUCAGAUGCCCAGCUUUCUACCCAAGCAACAUCAGAUGAUGCCCAGCUUUACAUCUAAGCAGAAGUUUGCUCAGAUGCCCCAGCAGCCCGACUUUCCAUCCAAGCAACAGCAGCAGAUGCCACAGCAGCAGAUGCCUCAGCAGCCCAGCUUUCCACCCAAGCAACAGCAGCAUCAGAUGAUGCCCCAGCAGCCUAGCUUUCCAUCUAAGCAACAGGAGCUUGCACAGAUGCCCAACUUUCCACCUAAGCGACAGCAACUGCUGCCUCAGAUACCUCAACAUCCCAGCUUUCCACCCAAGCAACAGCAGCAUCAGAUGAUGCCCCAGCAGCCCAGCUUUCCAUCUAAGCAGCAGGAGCUUGGCUACCAAGAGCCCCCAGUUCCUGAAAAGGCUUUCCGUCUACCCAAGCAGCAUCUUCAAGUACCACAGAAGCCUAAAUGGCUAAGCUUCCCACCCAAGCAGCAGCCACAUUGGUAUGGCAAGUGGGUUCCCCAGCAACCACGCUCUCCUGCCAAGUGGGUUCCCCAGCAAUGA